CCACCCACUUUCGGUUCUGCUGUACCCAUGCUUCACGUGCCAGGACCCGUUUCCCUUCCUACGAAAUGGACAAGUUUCUUAAGAAAACCGCCGAAGUCCCAGAGGUAGACUUCAGCAGCAUUUAUAGUGAAACGAGCCUGCGGAUUCCUGAUCUCCUAAAAAAUGACUUUCUUCAUGUUUCUCCCAGCUCUAAACAUCAUCACUCGAUAAGCAGUAACCGGGAAGGAAACAGAACUGGAGGAUGUUUUAGUUAGAUUUCAUGUCCUCUAGCCCGACCUAGAGAGCCAGCGGGACCCAUGACCCUUCCUGCCGCUCCGCAUACUUUAGAUGCUAGCACACGCGGGAGAUGCUACUCUGUUUACAUCAUUUACAGAUCUGGAUCCACAAGAAAAAAGCGAGGAAGUUAUUACCAGCUUCCCCCUCCCCCGAAAUCCUUGAAUGGGCAUUCCUGGAGGAAGGACGCUUUUUAUUCGCCAGUCAGUCGAGUACAGUACAGUGUUCCCGUGUCAACACAACGCUCAAGAAGCUUACAGCCUGAAGUUCCCCGACUUGAAUUUGGAUGGGGACAAGAAAGGAGGAGAAAGUUAAAGACAUGUGUGCUUGUCGAUGAGGAAGACAGAAGGUACUUCAAGCAGCAGGAAAUCAUCUUAUGGAGAAAAGCUCCUGGAAAACUGAGGAAACAGAGAACAAAUUUUCACCUCACCAGCGAUUUGAAUCCCCAGACUCACAGUUUGCCUUGUGAUUUCCACUCUGAAAGAAUGUUGUGGCUGUUCUUUUUCCUAGUGACUGCUGUUCGUGCUGAACUCUGUCAACCAGAUGCAGAAAAUGCCUUUAAAGUGAGGCUUAGUAUCAGAACAGCUCUUGGAGAUAAAGCAUAUGUCUGGGAUACAAAUGAAGAAUAUCUCUUCAGAGCAAUGGUGGCUUUCUCCAUGAGAAAAGUUCCCAACAGAGAAACAACAGAAAUUUCCCAUGUCCUACUUUGCAAUGUAACCCAGAGGGUGUCAUUCUGGUUUGUGGUUACAGAUCCUUCGAAAAAUCAUACUCUUCCCGCUGAUGAAGUACAGUCAGCCAUAAGAAUGAACAGGAACCGGAUCAACAAUGUCUUCUUUUUGAAUGACCAGACUCUGGAAUUCUUAAAAAUUCCUUCCACUCUUGCACCACCCACAGACCCAUCUGUGCCCAUCUGGAUUAUUAUAUUUGGUGUAAUAUUUUGCGUUGUUAUAGUUGCAACCACACUACUGAUUUUGUCAGGGAUCCGGCAACGUAGAAGCCUGGCUUGGCCCCUGAUUACUGAUGUGCAGAAUGGCCAGUGAAAUGUCUUCACCCUGAGAACGGGAAAGAAAACAGCCACCUUUCUUUUUCGAGGUUUCUCGGAGUAAAACUCCCAACUUCUAACCCAGCAUUAGCCAAAAGCUUUAUAAAUUAAUAUUUAAAACCCCAAUUUAGUGAUUGUCUAUAGUGUUGCUUGUGCAGUUUGAUGGUGGCAUCUACAAUGGCAAAAUACUUUUAAAUGAUGACAUGGCAACCUACAGUAUUGGAAUUCUACUUUACUUUUCUUUAUGAAUGUCAGCUCCUUGAAGUUAUCUAAUAAAUCAUCACCAAAUCCUGGUAAAAUCCAUGCUAACUCCUAAUUCCUAAGGUAGGAAAAUGAAUAUUUUUAUCCCUUCAAUAAAAAAAUACAAGGAAAAAGAAAGACAUUUCAUAGGUGUAUAAACUACCCUUUCCUCUCUGUCCUUCCCCUCCCCGCCUCUUCCCGUUCUUCUCUCCUCAUGUCAGUGUCUCUGGAGCCACUGCAGAGUGGAGUCCCAGCGUCCACAUUUCAGGGAACCCCUUUCUUCUGCUGGUUGCGUGGAGCCAACCACUGCUUUUCCUUAUCCCAUAAUAUCCAGCAUAAUUGGCUCAGUGUCUUAGUCUUUCACAACAGAUGGGAAAAACUUUCAAUUUUGAGGCUAUGUAUUUCCACACUGCAGAGAAACUAAGGAUCUGGUGAACACCUGGGUUGGGGUAGCAGGGUCUACAAAGAGUCAAAAGUGUGAGAAGCUAAGCAUCCUGUCAUGUCGAAUUUUUCAGAUUGACUUGGAAUUGCAGCUUUGGGCUGUGAUACAACUAGGAAAAUAUGUUUGGAGUCCUAAAAACUUGACUUACAAAUUAACUUAACUAUUUUGUAACUUAACUAUUUUGCCAGUUGGUGAUAUGUACAAAUUAUAACAGUUACUUUUUAUGAAGUAAAGUGAGUUUACUUCUGAGUCUCUCAAGUUAAUUUUCAUUAAAAUUUGGUGUUAAUUUGUCAAAUCCUAUCAGACAACUUACUACUUUGAAAUUAUAAAUUUUUAAACUUACCAAGGUACCAUACAUUUUCCUCACAUGCCUUCAAGCAGUUGUCUAUGGGAAUGUACAUGUGUAUAUGUUUGUGUGUUCACAGUAUUAAUUCAUAUAUAUGUAUACAUAUAUUCAUAUACUUUUUUUAGUGUACUAAAUAAUUCCACUUGUUCCAGUCAAUGUGUAAAUGUUGUUCAUGCAGAGUUCUUAUUUUGACAGUACCCUUUCACCUCACCAACACUUUGUGAUCUUCAAAAUUUAUGAAAAUACCCAGUAUUAUCAAUCAUUUCAUCAUUCUAAGGUUUCUGUGCCCAUUUUUGUUCUCCAGGUCUGUACAGAAGACCUUCCUCAGUCAUGCUUUCUUCUCCUAGACCUCAGUCACUCUGUUUAUGUGC